CUCAAGAGCCAGUAAGAAAACAUUUGGUCCAGAGAAUUUGAUACUGAUGCUUGUAUUACUGUUUUGGUACCAGCCUUCCGAUUCCUGUUUUCUAAAUAGAUGCAUUUUGGUAAUUUUUUCCCAUGUCAUAUUUUGGUGGGGACUGAGUGGAAGUGUUGAUGCAAACACUAAACUACUUAUCACACGGUAUCCAACCGAAGGAGCAAAGGGAGUUUUAUCAUGUAGAAUAUAUGCAAUAUCGGAAAAUGUUUUGGUCCAAUGGAAUCAUAAUGGCGUCGUGAUCAACUGUACAUUACCAUUGUCGACCUGCACUGCUAACCAAUUUUAUAGUGCAUCGAUAAGCCGAACCUUUUCUAACCUGACAGUUUGGAAGGCCAGCUUUGCAAGGGACGAUGGGUUGUGGACAUGCACUGUAAAUAAUCUAAAAACCAACGGCGCAUUUUAUGUUGUCACUGAACCUAAGAAAUUUGUGGUAAGAAACGAAAACAACUUGACCAGAAAUGAUUUGGCAAUGACAGCAGAAGCAUACUGUGUGUAUCCUUACAGUGCAGACAUAUUUUUUCUCUAUCAAGUAAAGGGCGAUCCACAUUUUCAGAUAUUUAAAAGACGAAAUUUAUCUUUAUAUUAUGAGGAUGGUAAAAAAUUUGGAUGUGACAAUAAUGAAUAUGUUUUGCGGGCGACAGGAAUGAUUAAACAAUCUGACUUCUCUAGUGAAUUACGCGUGAGGUUCAAAUUCCAGUACAUAUCGCUUAGCGGAAAAGAAUAUGAAACCAAGGCAUCAGACUUCUUCAAUUUUACUGACGAUCCUUGUAACUUCAUACCUUGCAAAAAUGGUGGACACUGCAUAGUUGAUGCAAAACUAGCCUACACAUGUAUUUGUGUAAAUUUCUUCAGUGGAAAACAUUGUGAAAAUUCACCACAAAAAGCAGAUUGCAGCAGAUAUCAAAAGAAUGACACGGGAAAAGUCUGUGUUUGGAUUAUCGUAUCUGCUGCAAUUGGUUUCAUCAUUAGUGUUAUUGUGUAUAUCAUCUGCAAGAAACAAAAGAAAGCAUGCUGUUCAUGUUCCUCGGUGGGACGUGAACCAAUUCCAACAGAACAAGACGAGCUUUAAAUUAAGCAUAUUAUUUGAUUGUGUGAUUAUCAAAUAUGACUUAUUAGUGCUAAAUCUAAAAAUGCCAUAUUCUUGACAAUAUAACUAAGAUACGUUUUUAAAUUAUCUUAAUCUUGGAUUACAAAAUAUCUGUUGUAUUGUAUCGUAUUGUUUACAUUGGAUUUCUUUGUUUCAUUGGAAAUAAGUAAAUAAAGUAAGUGGAUAAAAAGGAUAAGCAUAUGUGUGUGUCAGCUUUCAAAACUUGUGAAAUACGUUCUA